AUGGCAACACCCAUAGAUUUUGCUAGUUUGAUGCGAAAGGAGAAACAAAAAGCCAAGAAGAAACGAGUACCAACAAACACCCAGACCAUUCACGUUGAUGAUGGAGACACUAUGAAAUCAUCAUCAUCAUCAUCAUCGAGCAAGGAUGCGAAAAAUCUUCCCCAGUGGUCCCCUUCAGAAAGUAGUACCUUGGCCAUGGGAGCCGUGAACCUAGAAACCAUCCUCCAGGAUCCAAAGGCAGCAAGCAUAGAUUUUGCUAGUCUGAUGCGAAAGGAGAAACAAAAAGCCGGACAGAACACUCACGUUAGUGAUGGAAAUAUUGUGGAAUCAUCAUCGAGCAAGAAUAUGAAAAGUAGGUUUCCCCAGUGGUCGCCUUCAGAGGGUCCCUUGACCAUGGAAACCCUGAAUCUACAAACCAUCCUCCAUGAUCCAAAGACAGUAUAUUACUCGUCCCAAUCGAUCAACAAUCUUCAGACUCUGGAAGAGUGGCUCAAGAAUCUGCCACUAGGAGAUUCCGGUUUUGCCGAGUGGAAGACCAUGAAGUAUGGAAAACGAAAGGUGUCCAUGUUUGGAGAAACCAAGGACACCCCACUGGUGGGACCCUUAUUGGAAAUUGCCAACCUAUUGGUGGACCAAGGAAUUUUUUCCGUGGACGAGCCACCCAAUCACGUCUUGUUGAAUGAAUACCUGCCAGGACAGGGGAUUUUGCCCCAUACCGAUGGUCCCACCUAUGCUAGUCGGACAGCGACAAUAUCCCUAAUGAGUAGCGUGGUCUUGGAAUUCACCAAACGAUUGUCAGCCAAUGAAAUUGGUGGUUCGGCUUCUGGUGAAAAUGGGCCAAUCCAAGUGCUCUUGGAACCUGGAUCCAUGAUUGUAUUUGAGGAUGAAGCGUAA